GCAUGCGCACAAGCGUUUCGCAUCUCUGAACGGAUAAAGAUGCUUCACCACGAUUAAGGAGGAGAAAAACAUCAUUAUAUUUCUGAUCUUAAGUAAUAUUUAAAUGCGAAUUGAUGCCGAUGAUUGGUCGCAAACCCACAAAAUAUAGGGAAGUUAAUAUACCGCCAAUUCAUAGCUGGGAGCUUUUUAGGCUAGCUUGUGUUAGCACAUAGUCAUAGCAGCUGGAUCCUGUCUUUGGAGCUGUAGUUUUAGAAAAUGUAUGUUCUGUACACCAUUAUUGCGUCUUUAGUUUCCUUUCUUGUCUUGAAGUGGAUGAAAAAGAGGAAGUAUUGUACUGAUCCUAAAAGACUGGAUGGCAAAACCGUUCUUAUUACAGGGGGUAAUUCUGGCAUAGGAAAAGAGACAGCUGUGGCCCUGGCAAACCGUGGUGCCCGUGUCAUUGUAGCCUGCAGAGAUGGAGAGAAGGCAGAGAAAGCUGUGAGAGAAAUAAAGUUCAGAAGCCACAGUCUCAAUGUGACUCACAUGGAGCUGGACCUGGCCAACCUGCGCUCCGUCAGAGAAUUCUGCAAGAAGUUCCUCCAUGCUGAAAAGAGGCUUGACAUAUUGAUUAAUAAUGCAGGCAUGCCCAGUGUCCUGGACUGGACCGACGAUGGAUUCAGCAUGUGUUUUGGCGUUAAUCACUUGGGUCACUUCCUCUUGACUAAUUUGCUUCUGCCUCGUCUGAAGGAGUGUGCUCCGAGCCGCGUGAUCACACUCACAUGCUCCAUUUACAAAUACCAGAAGCUGGACUUCCAGGAUCUGAACUACAAUCUUCUGCCGUUCUUCACCUACAGCCGCAGUAAACUGGCAAAUAUCUACUUCAGUCAGGAGCUGGCUCACAUUACAGAGGGCAAAGGAGUCACCUCGUAUGCCAUUCACCCAGGUUUUGUGCAGAGUGGCUGGACGUGCCACUACUCCUUCCUAUUCCGCAUGCUGAUGGAGGUGGUGAUGCGCAUGUUCUUUGUGCCGUGUGAGGUUGGAGCUCAGACUGUGGUGUACUGUGCUGUGUCUGAGGAAGCUGCGAAACACAGCGGAGGAUACUUUGUGGACUGCAGACCGGCCAAUCUGCGUCCAUUCGCCAGAGACGCUGGUGUGGCUAAAAAACUGUGGGAGGUCAGCGAGAGACUGGUAAACUUGUCCUGAAUAUGCCCAAACAACUGAUAAUGUAAUCUUGUGUUUGUUUUUUAUACAUAUUUUUGAAGUGUUAUUUAUUUGCCUGUUUGAUUUUUCAAAACUUGAAGCCUGGUACAGUGCACAGCGAUGGAAAAGAAGUCCCCAUAAACAACCAACUGAACUACUGAAUGCUGAACCACUAUUUAUUAUUUUGUUUUGUUUUUUUAUACAUACUUUUGCAUCCUGUUUAAAUCUUUGUAACCAAAAUCACAAGCCUGGUGAUAGCUUAAUUCCUGAAAGAAAUAUAUCACGGUUAAUGGAACACAUUUUUAGUGCUUUUCUCGACCUUCAAGGCACUCGGGCGCUUUACAUCAAGAAACCACUCACCCAUUCACACACACAUUCAUACACCAGUGUACACAAACACCAGGGCGAGGCGGGUUAAGUGUCUUGCCCAAGGACAACUACAGUAUUCAUUGGUGGCAGCUGGAAUUGUACCACCCACCUGUGUGUUAGUGGAUCCGACCGCUCUACCAAAGAUGUUUAUGUUGAGAGCGGGAUUCAACCUGCCAACCCAACACUUUUGAAACUAAGCUACUGUUGCCCCAGUAGUUAAUAGAAGUUUGUAAUGUCAACAUGAUAAAGGGAAGGGUGAUAUGCCCAAAAAAUACAAAGAAUGUUUUUCCCUG